AUGCAGCUUCCCUUUAUGAUGGGUCGUUACAAAUGGUUUGUUAAGGUGCUGUCAGUGGGUGCAGAGUGCAAGGGUGAGGACCCAAACGCAGGACACAAGGAGACAACUUCAGCAAAACAACACAACACCACUGUUGAUUAUCAUUCUUUGGCGAAUGGUGGUAAAAAAGUUGAAAACAACAUUACUAAGAAGCCACACUUCUACAAUGAAGAACACAAGGUGUUUAAUGAUCCCAUCCAUGGUCACAUGGCAUUACACCCAGUUCUUGUCAAAAUUAUAGACACUCCUGAGUUCCAGAGACUACGAAACAUCAGGCAACUUGGGGGGAUUUAUAAUGUUUAUCCAGGAGCAUCUCACAACCGCUUUGAACACUCAAUUGGAGUGGCACAUUUAGCAGGUGAGCUUGCAAAAGCUCUGAAGAUGAAGCAGGAGAAGCAGAUCGAGCAGUUGGAGGAGUUGAAGAAGUUGAACCUGUUGAUAAAAUUGACGCCUGAGGAGAUGAAGAAGUUGAUAAAGUUGAUGCCUGAGGAGAUGGAGAAGUUGCACAACUUAAAGACUGAGGAUUCUGAGGAGUUGAAUUUGAAGCCUCAGGAGUUGAAGAAGUUCAACGAGUUCAAGGAGUUGAAGUAUGAGGAUUUGGAGAUGUUCGAGAAGUUGAAGAGGUUGGAGAAAUUUGACGUUAAUGAGUUGGAGGAGUUGGAAACUUAUAAUACUGAGAAGUUAAUCGAGUUUGAGAAGAAGACGUCUGAGGAGUUGGACGAGUUUAAAAAGCAUCAUCUUGAGUUGUUUAAGAAGUUGAACAAGUUUAAGAAGUUGAGGCCGGAGAAUGUGAAGAAAUUUAAGAAGUUGAUGAAAUUUAAGCCUAAUGAGUUGGAGAAGAUGAAGAAAUCGCUCAUCAGUGACCGAGAUGUCCUCUGUGUGGAGAUUGCCGGUCUUUGUCAUGACUUAGGACAUGGGCCCUAUUCUCAUUUUUAUGAUGGGAUGUUUAUGGAAGCAAUCAGAGAAAAAAAAGGCAAAGAAUUCGAUGGGAAAUGGGAGCAUGAGGAUGCCUCUAUUGAAAUGUUUAAUCACCUACUGGAGAACACAGACGGCCUGAAGGACAUGAUGAGGGAGUAUGGAAUGAAAAUAGAAGGCGACGAUAAAACUGACCUGGAGUUCAUUGAGGAACUGAUCAGAGGACCUCCGAAGUGGUCGUACAAAGGUCGAAAGGAGGAAAAAUCCUUUCUCUAUGAAAUUGUGUCAAACAAGGAAACUGGGAUUGAUGUUGACAAGUUUGACUACGUUGCCAGGGACUGCCAACAGCUGGGGAUUCCGAACAGCUUUGACCAUCAGCGCUUCAUCAUGCUUGCCAGGGUGUGUGAUGUGGAGGAGGAUGGACGGAAACACGUUUGCUCUAGAGACAAAGAAAUAGAAAAUCUUUAUGACAUAUUCCACACAAGGCUCUCUAUCCACAGAAGAGCCUGCAAGCACAAGAUAAAAAUGGCUGUAGAAAUGAUGAUCAGAGAUGCCUUCUUACUAGUAGAUGACCACCCAGACUUCAAAAUUAAAAGUUCAAAAGGGGAGUGGCUUUCUCUCUCUGAAGCUAAAGGUGACAUGGAAGCAUACAUAAAGCUGACAGAUCAUGUGAUUGAAAAAAUGUGCCACCCCAAGGAGGAAAAGAAGGAAUCUUCCUCCAUGGAAGGAGGGGAGGAAGAAAAAAACUUGAAGAAGGCAACAAAGAUUCUACAGAGGGUCAUGAAACGGGACCUGUACCGCUGUGUGGGUCAAGCCAGGAAAAAAGAAGGAACAGAAAACUGGAAGGAAUUCAAGGAAAAUUUGAGAGAAGAACUGUGUAAACAGUUUCCUUAUAGGGAGGGAAAAGAUUUUGACGUUAUUCACAUCCCUUUUGACUAUGGGAUGAAAAAUAUGGACCCUCUAGAAAAAGCAUAUUUCUAUCGCAAGAAUAACCCAGAUAAAGGAGAACUAAUCCCCAAAUCAAAGGUGUCCAAGCUUCUCCUAGAUUGUUUUUCUGAUGACAUGUUUCGGGUUUACUGGAAGAACAAUGAAACCCUACAAGGGGAAGAGAGAGAAGAGAAAGAAAAAAAAGUCAAAGAAUUCUUCAAAAGGUGGUGCAAGGACAAUAACCUUGAGAAACGACAAGUGAAAACCAACAAGCCAUUAGCGAAGAGGAAGGUCAAUCGCGGGGACGGAUCAAAGCCUUGUGACCGUCCGUCCCUCGAUGGAUCGACCAUUCCUCAACGCAAGGAUAUUAACUCGCAUCGGGACAUGGAAUGUCAGCUCACUCUACCGAACGGGAUACCUCGCACAAGUGCUAAAGGUCUUCGAUGA